UUUUGGAAUGCUAACUGAAGCGCAUUGUUUUAAAGAUUAAGUAAAUAAUUUAUUUAAAAACAAUGCGAUCCGCGGGUCCCUCAGCCUUUGUGGCUGUAAUUCUUAUGUACAGCGUUCACGUUUCCGCAACGAUUCCUGAGGCGGUAGCAGGGAUCAAAUGCAGGCUGCACCCUACAAACUUGUGCGACAAUCUGAGCAAUGCGAAAGAGUGCCAAGCGACAACACACUGCAUUCAAACUGUCUGGGAAAAGCGUUCGGUGCCUGUGGAUAAAAAUGCCGUCUGUCAGAUAUGUAAGGACAUUAUCAAGCAGGCACGCAGUGAGCUACCCAGCGACAAUGCCGAAGUGAAACUCAAUCGGAUAAUUGAGGAUUCCUGCCAACAGAUACCCCUUAUCAAAAUGCGAAAGGAAUGCAACACACAUAUGAGGAACAGCAUGCCGGAGUUGAUAGAGGUGCUGUCUUCGCAAAUGAGCCAUGAGCCAAUUUGCACCGUGGUGGGUCUAUGCAACAGCGUCAGGAUCAAGGAAAUGCUGAUGCAGAGCUACGAAGGUGCGCUGGACGGCAGUCUAGAUGAGAAUGAUGUGGAUCUGGCGGUGCACGAGGCGAGCAGAGCAAGUCGUAAUGUGGAUCAGCCCGAUCAGCUUACCUGCACCACCUGCAACCUGCUCAUGCUGGCUUAUAAGGAAGAGUUUGAGUCCACCACACGGGGGGACAUGAUUGAAAAUCUGCUGCACACCUGCUACAGCCUUUACAGCUUGUCGGACACCUGCGCCAACAUUGUCUCCAACUAUUUUGAUGACUUCUAUGAGCUGGCAAAGCAGCAUCUUCAGUCGAACGACAUUUGCCAAGCUGUUAGCAUCUGUACGAAUACCGAGACUGAACCAGAGGCGGUGGCACCUCCAGCGAUCAAAAGCGAUCAGUUCUACUGUGGCCAGUGCAAGCAAUUGGUGCAACAUUUGCGUGAAACCCUGUUGCAAAAUACAACUGAGGCGCAGUUUAAGCAAAAGCUGGAGGGCUACUGCAAAAAAACGCGCGGCUUCAAGAUUGAGUGUCUGACGGUUGUAGAUCAGUUCUAUCAUGUUAUCUACAGUUUCUUGAAAAGUCAACUGGAUGCCGAGGGCGUUUGCUCGUUCAUCAAUGUCUGCCGCGAGCAUAAGAAACUGCAGGGAGAAACAGGAAGUCUGAACUUAGUUGACUCCAACGACGGAUUGGAAUCCAGUAUUGAGCCGCAACUACCCUUAUGUUUCGUAUGCAAAAGUGCUUUUAGGAUUGCCAAAAGUCUGGUUCGUUCCCACGUCAGCAAUGAGAAGCUCAAGAACGCGAUGAAUUGCGGCUGCAACAAGCUGGGUAAACUGUCAAAUAAAUGUCACGGGGUGGUCGACAGCUACGGAGAUCGAAUAGCGCGCUUCGCAAGGAAUCCCAGAGUGUUAUGCUCCCUGUUAGGCAUGUGUUUUCCUAUUGGACCGCAUGAUCUCGAACUAACACCAGUCGAAUCGGAAGUCGAACUUCUAGUUGACGAUACUAAUAAGAGCGAGCAGCUGCAAUUGACCGCUGACAUUGAGGGCAAGGAAUCGGUUGAGUGUCACCUCUGCAAAAAGGUGCUCAAGACUCUGCAUAAAAUGGUUAGGCAUCAUCAGGAUAUCAAACUGGCCAUGGAUCGCGUGUGUCACGUGCUACACAAACAGAAUCUGACGGAUGAAUGCCAGACUAUGAUAAAGCAGCACGCCGAUAUUAUCAUUGAUCUAAUGAAGAAGAAUGUGCCACGCCAGCAAAUAUGCAGAACCGUUAACAUGUGCCUCAUAUACGAGACAGAGAACUUUUUUGAUAUUCAAGCGCAACUAGACGAUCAUUACCAGCUCGAGCCGACCUCUGAUGUUGGCUUCAAAGGGUUCGAAAUUGAAAUCGACGAUGCGCAGGAUGAUCAGUUCGCGCUCGAAGAUCCUUUAACUACUGAUGUAGGCUUGAAAGGAUCAAUCAAAUGCAGCAUCUGCAAGCGUGUGAUUAAAGCUGUGCAGCACAUAAUUCGCAAAGGUGAAGAUAGUGGUAGUAUUGAGAGAGCUUUAGAUAAAGUCUGCCAUAAGAUGGGAAUACUGAGCGGCCGUUGCGAGAAAGUAGUGCACAGGGACGGCAAUAAAAUUGUUGAUCUAAUAACAAAGAAGACGGCUGGCCGCAAGAUAUGCAAGUUGAUUCACUUGUGCAGGAAGUCUGUUUCUGUAGAAGAUUUGGAAGCUGACGAUGAGGAACAGGAGGAAUACGUCGAGUAUUUUGAUAUCAACGAUGCGCUCCUCAAGGAUCAGAUGGGUCUAUUCCCUCUAGGAGAACCUUUAUCAGCCGUUGAACUAGUAUCCAAAGGCUCGCCCAAAUGUGCUGUUUGCAAGACGGCAAUUAAGGCCUUGCAGCAUAUGGUGCAUCACCAUGACGACAAAGGUGAAAUCACGAAGGCUUUGGGCCAUGUUUGUCACAGGAUGGGAAAACUACAACAUGUAUGCGAAAGUGUGGUCAACAAUCAUGGCGCUGAGAUUGUCGAUUUAAUGACAAAGCAUAUGUCAGCUGAAUUAAUCUGCAAGGCGAUCCGCGUGUGCCACCUCUCGACUACAAAAGAGGAAGAUUACGUAAUUGAUGAGGCAGUGCAAGAGGAACAGGUGAAUCCGGCAGAGCUGGAGGAACCCCAGCCAACUACUGAUGUAGGCUUGAAAGGAUCACCCAAAUGCGCCGUCUGCAAAGCUACGAUUAAAGCUUUGCAACACAUAAUACGCAAAGGUGAAGAUAGUGGUAGUAUUGCGAGAGCUUUAGAGAAAGUCUGCCAUAAGAUGGGAAAACUGGGGGGCAGAUGCGAGAAAAUGGUGCAAAAUCACGGCAGUCAAAUUGUUGAUCUAAUAACAAAGAAGACGGCGGGCCGCAAGAUAUGCAAGUUGAUUGGCAUGUGCAGUAAGUCUGUCUACGUAGAAGAUUUGGAAACUGACGAUGAGGAACAGGAGGAGUACGUCGAGAAUUUUGAUAUCAACGAUGCGCUCCUCAAAGAGGAGAUUGGUCCAUCCCCUCUGGAAGAACCUUUAUCAGCCGUUGAACUAGUAUCCAAAGGCUCGCCCAAAUGUGCUGUUUGCAAGGCGGCAAUUAAGGCCUUGCAGCAUAUGGUGCAUCACCAUGAAGACAAAGGUGAAAUCACGAAGGCUUUGGGCCAUGUUUGUCACAGGAUGGGAAAAAUACAACAUGUAUGCGAAAGUGUGGUCAACAGUCAUGGCGCUGAGAUUGUCGAUUUAAUGACAAAGCAUAUGUCAGCUGAAUUAAUUUGCAAGGCGAUCCGCGUGUGCCACUUCUCGACUACAAAAGAGGAAGAUUCCGCAAUAGCUGAGCCAAUGCUCGAGGAACAAAAAUAUCAGUCCGAGGACUUGGAAUUGGUUCAGUUAGCCGACGGCCCCGUCUGUAUAUUUUGCGAGCUGUUCAUAUCCAAAGUUAAGACAAGCGUGAAUGCCAAGGAAAAGCAGGCUCAUUUCAUAAAGGAAAUUCUGACCAGCUGCCAUCAACUGCCCUCAAUGUUCCGUAAGGAAUGCCAUGAAAUCGCCGACCGCUUUGGCCCAUUAGCCUUAGAUCUGUUGGACAGUGUUUCUCCACAGCAAGUGUGUCGUCUAGUUCACUUCUGCUUCAGCCAGGAGGAAUACAAUGCAUUUGUGGGCAUUGCACAGGACAAGCUGGAGAACUCACAGUUGGUCCAGCCGGAACAAGGACCGUUCUGCAUAAUAUGCGAGCUUCUGGUGACUAGAUUUGAGCGUCUGCUAGAUACCAAAGCCAAACGUGCCCAUAUACUGCAUUCAAUUCUUUUAACCUGUGAUUAUCUGCCUCACUUUAUCCGAGAUCCAUGCCAAAGCAUUAUUUAUGGCUACGGUGCCGCCGCCUUGGAUCUAAUUAGCAAAGUGAAGGCCAACGAUGUGUGCAGUCACAUGCCGCUAUGCUCCAGUCAAACGGCCCAAGAUAGCAAUGAAAAUUAUGCACAAUAACUCAACAAUAAGAUAUCCAAUAUUUCUAAUAUUUCCAUUUAAAGCAUAUUUAAGACUCUCUGAAUACCAUGCACAUAUUACCUUAUUAUAUAUAUC